GAAGAGAGGCAGAGGUUUGUGUCGAGAGGUGUGUUUGCACAAUACACUGCUCUACAGAUAGUGCUUCAUUCUUCAUCUGCUCUGUUAGGAGCCAAACCAGGCAGGACACGUUUGUAUUCUAGAAAGCAGUGAAGUUCUAAGUUUGUGUCACUGCACUAGUUCUGUCCCUGGAACGUUUACUUGAUUUUUAAGGAUCUAAGAGAUCAACAUGAGCAUUUCAGAGGAAGACGAAUGCCGCUCACCUAUUGGCCUAGACUGUUGCAGCUGCUGUCUUGACCUGGCCAACAAAAGUGAGAUGGAAGAAGGGAAUGGACACAACAGCAACCCAGGAAGCCCAACUGUAAGCAACUUUCGUCAGUUGAGGGAAAAGUUGGUCUUUGAGAACCUUAAUGCAGAUAAGCUGAACACCAUCAUGAGGCAGGACUCGCUGGAGCCAGUGGUGAAGGAUCCCUGUUACCUUUUGAAUGAAGGCAUUUGCAACAGCAACAUUGACCAGACAAUGCUGUCCAUCCUCUUGUUCUUCCACAGUGCAUCGGGUGCCAGUGUGGUUGCGAUAGAUAACAAAAUUGAGCAAGCCAUGGAUCUGGUUAAAAACCAUCUUAUGUAUGCUGUACGUGAAGAGGUAGAGGUCCUCAAAGAACAGAUUAAGGAACUGGUAGAGAAGAAUUCUCAGCUUGAAAAAGAGAAUUGUCUACUCAAGAACUUGGCCAGCCCAGAACAGAUGAAGAAGUUCCAAAGCAAACUGCCUUCUGAUGAAACAACAGGAAUGUCAAAUCGGGAUUUCCUACAUACAUCAUCCCAACCACGCUCAGCCGGCUCUGCAGUUUAAGUGGCUCUGUCUUUGGAGUGGGCAGAGCCACUGAACUUUCCUACUUGCCUCCUUUGAUCAAUGAGAAAAAAAUGUAAUUUUUUUCCCCCCUCUUUAAAGUGUCAUUAUGGCCUGGAGGGUCAUUGACUAGCCUAAACUGGCACUAAGCACUGUAUCAGGGCUAGCGUGGGUCUUCUCAGAAGUCUUUUCUUAAACAGAAAAGUAAGAGAAGCCAUUCUUGAACUCGUUAAGAGUUCUAGCCAGAGAGAGCUUGUUCAUUAUGGAACUGGCCUUUCCUGGUGCAAGGCUUUCUAUGUGAAGCCAAGAUGAUAGCGUCAGAUUCUGAAGAAGACCACGGAGUGCUUUAGCCAGAGUUCAUCAGCCAUGGAAUACUAAGUCAAUACAAGGGUCUCUGUGGACCAACAUGGACUGUUCCACUGUUGAAAGCGGAGAGACGUGACCUUCAAAACAAGGGACUGGUGAAGAACAGUUGCUCUGUUCUUGGUUGCGUUACAAAGCAUGGCUUGAUCAGGGCUUUGAAAUGGAGAUCUGACAAUUGCUUUCCUGAGUAAUGAUGGGUGGUAGAAUUUUAAAACCCCCAUACGUGUGAGGACUUUAUAGUAUAGGUUUAUACAGUUAUUAAUUAUGUUGAUUAAGCAGUUACCAAGAAGUUAUUUUGAAGACUUGCUUGUCAACAUGGACAAUAUUUUCUUCUGUAUUCAUUUCUGUGUUUUUAUACAUGUCUAGUUUAGAAUGUAUCUCUUUGUCUUUCUGGUUUUCAUCUGUCUCCAUGCCAGAGCACAAUGGCUGACAAUUGGCCUCUUGAUAAACUCACACAAGACACUUUAAACUCCGGGAAAACUAAUAGACUUUGGACUUUGCUGCAAUAUUAAUGACUUUAGGACUAAGGUUCCAAAUGAUUACCUUACAAGGUUCACUGGAUUAAUAUCUCCUGCUGUUUCAUUUUAAUACCAGAGGGAUAACUGCAAUGUACAUCAUUUAACUGAACCUGCAAUAAACGAUUUUUUACAAAGUA